CUAACUUCUAAACCUUUCUGUCUUUUACCUGCGAUGCUUUUGUUUUCUACAUUAUUGCCCAGUUCUCGCCCCUUCUUGAUCAUAACGUUGCUUUUUGUGUAUUCUUUUCGUUUUUCUACAAAGUGUGUGAACCCGAAUUAACUUUUUGGAAGAUACUUCAAAUGAGUGCGUUUGCGGCUGUUGGUUUGUGCUGAGGAGAGAGAGCGAAGACCGAUUCCUGUAGCCUGUAUUUUAAAUCAGAAAUCCAGGCAAAAUGAAGUACAGGAUUUUGGUCUUAUUUGCUGUUUAUCUAGCAGUCGAUUUGGUCCAAGCGGGUACCAAGUCAUUCCAGGGGCCUUGUGGAGGCAGGGACUGCAGCGGAGGAUGCCAGUGUUUCCCUGAGAAAGGCGGUCGGGGUCGGCCAGGUGCCUUGGGGCCUCAAGGGCCAGAGGGGCCCCCAGGGUUUCAAGGUCCAGAGGGGUUAACUGGACCAAAGGGCGAUAAGGGGCACCCUGGACUGCAAGGGCCAGGCGGCCCAAAAGGAGACAAGGGACCAAUGGGUGUUCCAGGAUUUCCGGGUGUCAAUGGCGUUCCAGGUCAUCCUGGCCAGGGCGGCUCCAGGGGUCUGCCAGGCCUGGACGGCUGCAAUGGGACGAUGGGAGACACCGGGACUAGGGCGAGAGAUGGGAUCCAAGGAUCACCAGGCUUCCCAGGUCCCACUGGUCCAAAAGGUCAGAAAGGAGAGCCUGUCUUUGGGGGAGGAGGCAUUGGUUUGAGGGGAGAGUCGGGCCUGCCAGGUCUAGACGGUUUGACGGGUGAGAGGGGUCCAGCUGGCUUCCCAGGGCUGGUUGGUCCGAGAGGUCGCACUGGUCCUGCGGGUUUACCAGGUCCUCCAGGCCUCCCAGGACCUAUUGGCAACAUGGGGCUUGGUUUCCAGGGAGAAAGAGGAGACAAGGGAGAGGUGGGCCAGUCUGGCCAGCCUGGCCCCCCAGGGAAACCAGUGACGGAACCCUACGUAGGCGCGCCGUCAGUAAGCAUUAUCUUCAAAGGAGAUAAGGGCGAGCCGGGCAGCUUUGGCUAUCCUGGGCAACCUGGUCUUCCUGGACUACCGGGGCACUAUGGGGGAGGUGGCGAGCUGGGUGAAAAGGGCAUCAUUGGGCUGCCAGGACUUCGGGGACCGGCUGGAUUAGAUGGACAGCCUGGCUUUCCAGGAGGAAAGGGUCAACCAGGCUUCCCUGGGCAACCAGGGAGAGAUGGGAUACCAGGACGAAAGGGUUUCCCAGGGGAAGCUGGUCCACCUGGUACAUCUGUAUAUUAUAACGGAGACGGAGCUUCUGUAAAAGGCCCUCCAGGAGAUCCAGGCCAGGACGGGACUCCAGGAAUCCGAGGUGAUCGAGGGUUCAAUGGGCUGCCAGGACAGCCAGGCCUGCCGGGGCUCCCAGCCACCCCAGGUCCACCAGGCACCCCAGGUUUCCCCGGUGUCUCGGGAGCCAAAGGAGAAAAAGGAGACUCUGGGAGACCUGCCUUCGGAACACCUGGCUCCCCUGGGAAACCGGGAGCCCUAGGAUCCCCCGGCCCACCUGGACUCCCCGGGACCAGCCGUCCAGGACAGCAGCCCCAGAUUCUUCUGGGAGACCCGGGACAGCCAGGAUUACCUGGAGGUCGAGGGCCUCCUGGGAGCCCAGGGCCAAGCGGGCUCCAAGGAGACCCAGGUGACUGCCUCUGCCAAGGAAGAGGGGAUAACAAUUUCAACUUCCAGGGCAGCCCUGGGCUCCAGGGCUCACCCGGUACACCUGGCUUUCCUGGAGUGAAGGGAAUUACUGGAGACCGAGGAUCAGGCGGCCAGGCUGGACCAGCAGGCCCUCCAGGUGUUGCAGGGGAACGUGGCUACAACGGACUCAAGGGACAGAAGGGAGACCAGUACGUUCCAGUGAGCAGAGGCCCUCCAGGAGAUCCAGGGGUACCUGGACUCAGAGGCCCCUCAGGCGAGCCGGGGAGAUCAGGCCGAGACGGGCUCCCAGGCUUUCCAGGCCGACCAGGCCCACCGGGAGACACUAGCCCAGGUCUCGUCGGAGACAAAGGCCUCCCAGGAUUCCCCGGUGCUAAUGGGCGCCCUGGGGAGCGAGGCCCUGCUGGGAUCGGUUUCCCUGGUCCGGCAGGGAUCCGCGGUGAGCCUGGUGAACCGGGUGUGAAUGGCAUUCCAGGCCUGCCCGGCCAGCCCGGACCCCCAGGUGACUGUUGCUGUGGUGGAGAGGUUGGUAAUGGACUCUUAGACACAGAGGGAGGUAUCACUUUGCCUUGUAAGAACUCUCCUGGAACUGAGGGUGCACCCGGACUGCCUGGACCCCGAGGAACACCAGGAUUGAAAGGACAGCCAGGUUUGACCGGCACACCUGGAUUGCCAGGGUUUGAUGGGCAGAAGGGAGAGCGUGGUAACCCUGGAUUUGGAGGGCAGCCAGGACCCUCAGGUUUCCCCGGACCGAGAGGUGAUGGGGGCACCCCAGGUCUCCCGGGUAUGGAUGGCAGAGAAGGGGCUCUGGGAAAGAACGGCUCCCCAGGGCUGAAUGGACCGAAGGGGGCCCCCGGAGAGGUGCUGGGAGCAGAGCGAGGACCCCCUGGGUUUCCAGGCCUGUCUGCAGGGCCCGGAGACAAGGGGCUACCAGGAGACCCAGGGCUGCCAGGACAGAAAGGGUUUGGUGGCCGACCUGGCAUUUCCGGUGCCAAAGGAGAGCGUGGUCAGGAUGGUUUCCCAGGUAUCCCCGGUUUGCCUGGUCUCCCGGGGGCUGGGGGUUUGGACGGCAUUCCCGGCUCUCCCGGACAAGCCGGGAGAGUAGGCUUCCCAGGAGCACCUGGCUUCCCAGGGCUCAAAGGCUCAUCGGGGGACCCUGGCCCCCCAGGGCCCGCUGGUAUGAAGGGUCUACCUGGGCUCCCGGGGGCCUCAGGACUGCCGGGGCAGAAGGGGUUCCCUGGCCGCCCCGGGCCAGAAGGGAGAGAGGGCAGGCCGGGAGUAAAUGGAAGAAAUGGUGAAAAGGGCUUCCCUGGCAUGGUGGGGUUUCCGGGAAUGCCCGGCACCGCUGGACGGCCAGGGGCCCCGGGGCUGAAGGGACCGCGUGGGUUCCCCGGCAGGGUCGGACCUAGCGGAGACAAUGGAGGGCAAGGACAGAAAGGUGACCGUGGAAACCCAGGUCUGCCCGGUGAGAGAGUGGUCCCGCUCCAUCUCAUGUCAAAAGGAGAGAGAGGAGACGACGGAUAUCCAGGAACAAAUGGAUUCCCUGGGCCACGAGGUGAUAAAGGGCUGCCUGGGCAGGGAGGCCGCCCCGGCCGGCCUGGUCUGCCGGGGUUCCAAGGGAAGGAGAAGGGCUCUCCGGGAGACCCAGGCUACCCAGGGCCUAGCGGACAACCAGGAUUCCCAGGACAGAAGGGCUCUCCCGGCAUCAUCGGCUUCAGAGGGAUGCCAGGGGAAAGGGGUUCCGAUGGCUUUCAAGGACCUCCUGGAUUUCCAGGCAGUCCGGGGACACCCGGACAAAAAGGUGAGCGUGGCGAUGGCACCGGAUCUCCUGGAGCCCCUGGAAACAAAGGAUUCCCCGGCCAGCCUGGAACUCCUGGCACGACAGGUAACAACGGCCAGCCGGGCGACGCUGGUUUCCCUGGAAACCCCGGAAUCAACGGACAGAAAGGUUUCCCUGGAGACCCAGGCCGCUCAGGACUGCCAGGUAGCCCUGGUUUCCCCGGUGCUCGUGGUAAUCCUGGUUUCUCCGGAUCAACUGGACUGCUUGGAUCUCCUGGAUUCCCCGGCUCUAACGGCACCCCCGGACAAAAAGGUUUCGCUGGCCCCCCUGGUCUGGAUGGUCUGAACGGAUUGCAGGGGCCAAAGGGCCCGCCAGGAACACCAGGUCUGAGUGAGCCUGGGGCUGCUGGCCAGCCUGGUGCCCAGGGAUUCAAGGGGGAUCCGGGCACUCCGGGAGCAGCGAUAGGGCAGCCAGGCUUCCCUGGGCAGAAGGGUGGCAAGGGAGAGCCAGGUUCUGCUGGUGUUCCUGGCUUCCCUGGGCUCCCCGGUCCUGCUGGGAUCUCCCUGCCCUCAAACAUUCCCGGGAGACCGGGCGAUAUGGGCCCCCCAGGGCAGGAUGGGGAAUCAGGUCUCCCAGGCAGAACUGGCCCCCCCGGACCCCCUGGCCCUGGGACUGCUCAAGGAGACAGAGGGGACCCAGGCUACCCUGGCCUGCCAGGAUUACCCGGGUCAAAGGGAGACCCUGGGCCCAGCGGGUCUCCAGGAAUUCCAGGGGCCCCCGGUCUCAAAGGUGGCCGUGGAGACUCUGGUAUUAUGGGAAUGCCAGGCACAGAUGGAUUCCCAGGAGACCCCGGGUACCCAGGACCCAAAGGUCAAACAGGAAGUCCAGGUAACAAAGGAAGCUCUGGCCCACCAGGUCAGACGUAUCGUGCAGAGAAUGUUGUCACUCCUAUUGGGGACUCCGGCCUGCCCGGAAUCGAUGGGCAGUCCGGAGAAUCAGGAUUCCAGGGACGGCCGGGAGAGAUGGGGAGGCUAGGUCAGAAAGGCCUUCCUGGUAUCAUUGGGAAGACUGGGAGGAAUGGGAAGCCUGGCCCGGAUGGUUUUUUGGGAGAUCCUGGUCCCGAUGGCAUUCCCGGGCCCCCUGGUUUGCAAGGUGCCCCUGGGAAGCAGGGUGGAGCCGGCCUGCCUGGUAACUCUGUCCGCAGCGUCAGUGUCGGCUACACCCUGGUGAAGCACAGCCAGUCAGACCAGGUGCCCCCCUGCCCGCUGGGAAUGGACCGGCUAUGGGACGGGUAUAGCUUGCUGUACGUGGAAGGACAAGAGAAAGCACACAACCAGGACCUGGGUCUUGCCGGCUCCUGCUUGCCUCGCUUCAGCACCAUGCCGUUCAUCUACUGCAACAUCAAUGAGGUCUGCUACUACGCCAGCCGCAAUGACAAGUCCUACUGGCUCUCCACCAGCGCGCCCAUCCCCAUGAUGCCGGUGUCUCGCAAUGAGAUCCCGCAGUACAUCAGCCGCUGCUCUGUGUGCGAGGUGCCCUCGCUGGCCGUCGCGGUGCACAGCCAGGACAUCACCAUCCCGCCCUGCCCCGCGGGCUGGCGCAGCCUCUGGAUCGGAUACUCCUUCCUCAUGCACACGGCAGCAGGUGCGGAAGGGGGCGGUCAGUCCCUGGUCUCUCCCGGCUCCUGUCUCGAGGAUUUCCGCGCCACGCCUUUCAUCGAGUGCAACGGUGCCCGCGGCACCUGCCACUACUUCGCCAACAAGUACAGCUUCUGGCUGACCACCGUGGAGCCGAGGCGGCAGUUCGUGGAGGCUCCCCCCUCGGAAACACUCAAAGCUGGGCAGCUCCGUACACGAGUCGGCCGCUGCCAGGUCUGUGUGAAGAACUUGUAGCAGAGAAACCUCCACUACCACCAAGCCUUUAUUAAACAGGGCUCGAGUGAAACAUUGAGAGACUGCUAGACUUUUUUUCAAAAUGGUGCUAUACUUUUAAAUGUUUUUAUUAAUUUUGUUUAAAGUGUUUUAUUAUUCACGGCUACCUCGGGAAGUAAAUCAAUCCGCUAAACAUUUUUAGAAUUGAUUUUAAAAAUGGAAAGGCACAUGAAUGCACUGAUGGCUAGCAAAGGAAGCAGCACACCUUUUACAGCUUACAUUUUUAUUAAGCCUCUACAGAAUACAGAAGGAUGUGUAUGCAUUUCAAAUGGUAACCCACGCGACAGGACUUUAUAAGUCACAGAUUACUUCAGGCAUAUCCGUAAAGGAAUGGUGGGUUAUCAGGGAGUGUGCAAGUUGCUCAAAUCCACAAAGACGUUGUCCUGUUAGUGUUAUCAAAUUCCUCCAAAACUAGAACAGCUUUCAGUUGACUUAGGUACAGGGAUGCUAUCCCAAACUCAGACCCUUAAAGCUGAAUUUCUUACAGUCGCUUCAAUUGUACUUCUGUGCAUUCUACUUGGCAUGCAGACUCUAUUGACAGACGCUUGUUUGCAUUUCUCUGGGUUUGCUGUUAGGUCCAUGAGCUGCUUGCCACUGUGUCAUCAUCAUGUUCUUUUAUAGCUUAAGAUAAUCUGAAUUUUUUUUUUUUGCUUCUCAUAAUGCUUUUAUUAUACUGAUGCUAAUGGGAAACUUUCUGAUCAAACAUACACUAAAAAAAUAAUAAUUUAAAACACUUUUUAACUUCUUUAUACCUACCCAUCUGUGGUGUACAUAUUUCAUCUUUUUAAAAUAUUUUUAAUAUUCCGUUGGCUUUAUAUAGCUCUUGGUGUAAAUCACGACAUUUAUUUUACUUGGCAGAAAAGCUUACAUCCAAAAUCUGCUGUCAUUAUUUUAAUCUGGCUUCUACUGAUUUUAAACUUACAAGAGGGGCUGAUUCGUGACCACUAGUCUUUCACUGUAACCUUUUCUUUCAGAGGUAGCCUUGGGUACACUAGUUUUGUAAGUAUCCAGAUGGUGUAUAAUUUUACUAUAUUCAAACCCCUAGCUAAUACAUUUGGCGUAAAUAAAAAGUUUAAUACUGUGGGGGGUGUAUGUACAUUUGACCGCUAAAAUCACUUUUUUAAUUGUACCUGUAUUGUUGUUUUUGCUUUGUUUUAUAAUUCCAUUUGAUUUUUUAUUGAUCAGUAAUUACAAACAUACACUUAGCAGGGUGGUGUAAGGAUCCAGUCUGUACUGCUGCUUGUGCUGUACCACAGUAUAUUAAAAAAGAAAAGAAAAAGAAAAUACCAGGCUUUGAUUGCUACGCAGUCCGAAGACGUCUUAUUAAACAUUUUAUUAUCAGUCGAAGAAUAUUGGAUGGAUUUCAGUUUACAUUUCGUGUACAGUACUCUUGAGAGAUAUUGGCUCUGAAUGGUCUUGUGUAAAUUUUGAAAUAAACUUUUCAAAGUUUUUUUUAUA